AUGCUUCAAUCGUCGUUUGCUCGUCACCUACUCUAUUUGGAAGAGCAUCGGGCUAUUGGUGACAGUGUUCAAGCUGCCGAAAUUCUAGCUGAACAACACGAACAGUAUACGAAAGCGGUCUUGGAGGAUAUAACAGCUGCUAAAGCGUUAAAGAAUGCUGGUGAAGAGUUAAUUUCUGCAAAUGAUGCCGGGAUUAUGGGAAGCUUGUUGCCAAAAUGUGACGAACUAGAACGGAUGGCAGACGCUCUCAAUGGAGCACUCCAGAGACGAGCUACGGUGUUACGAAUGAGCGUGGGCAUGCACGAACAGAUUUCACAUGCCAAUUCCUGGUGCAAAAAAGGUGUUUGCAUGCUUUCCUCGAUGCUUCUAGAUGUUUCUGCUGCUUCAGCCAGUAGCAGUUUGGCAAAAAUGGACGAGUUUUUGGAUGAAGGGUCGCGGUUACAGCUGGAUGCUAUCAGCCAGUCGUCCUCAAUGAACAACCUCAUUCUGCUCUCCACCACCGAAACGUCAACACUGCUCGCUCAAACGUUUAGAUGUCUAAGAUUUUAUCUAAAGUACUUUAUGACAUUAUCUUUGAUUGGAGAUCAUGGCUUCGCUAAAAGCUUCGAAUGUCAACUCCCCAUAGAUGCUUUGGCACGAGUAGCGAAGUUGUAG